AUGGCGGCCGUACACGUCCUCGAUAACUACUACCUCGCCAUAACCUUCCUCAUCACUGUUGCCUACCAGCUGUUCUUCUUUGCCAUCGCCUUCUGGUUCAAGUUCGACAAGGUCACCGACUUUGCUGGUGGAACCAACUUCAUUCUUCUUGCAAUCCUCACCCUCUCCUUCAGCGAAAACCGCGGCGAUGCGCGUAACAUUGUAGCAUCACUCUUCAUCAUACUAUGGGCAGCAAGACUCAGUGGCUUCCUGCUUUUCCGCAUCCUCAAAAGUGGCAAAGAUGACCGCUUUGAUGAUAAGCGCGAUAAAUUUUGGUCGUUUCUCGGAUUCUGGGUCUUUCAAAUGUUCUGGGUCUGGUCAGUUUCGCUCCCGGUGACGAUCCUGAACUCGCCCAACGUCACGCAAUUCAACCAACCAGAUUUCGGAACAGGCCGUGAUAUCGCAGGAAUUAUCCUUUGGUCGAUUGGCUUCAUCAUGGAAAGCGUAUCCGACAUUCAGAAGUAUCGUUUCCGGACCGCUCAUGGGAGCGACGGUGCGGUAUGCAACGUUGGCUUCUUUGCCUGGACUAGACACCCAAACUACUUUGGAGAGAUCAUUAUCCAGUUUGGUAUCUUCAUGAUCGCUGUAUCUCCAGCAGCUUACAACUACGUCUCGGGCGGCGCAUACGAUGCGCUUUAUGCAUCCAUCCUCGGACCCUUCUUCUUGACCAUACUUCUCAUGUUUGUGUCCGGUUUGACCCUACAGGAGCGUCCAGCCGCAAAGAAGAGAUAUGAAAAAGGCACGAAAUGGCCGGAAUACCAAGAAUAUCUUCACCGGACGAGCAUCCUUAUUCCUUUCCCUCCGCAACUAUACGCGAGGAUGCCCGUUAUCUUGAAGAGGACCAUCUUCCUGGAAUUCCCCAUAUAUGUCUUCGAUCCGGCGAAGCAUGCAGAUCAAAGCAAGGUUCAGGCUAGGGAGGCGGAAGAAGGUCAGGGCAGACCCAGCGACGAGCAGGGCCUGAGGUCCUGA